UCGUAAUCGGUAAUCUAAACGAUUGCUCGAUCGUUAGAGUUAUCAAACGAGUACUCGAUUAUUCGGUAUAAUUAUAAUAAUCGUUUCAGCCCUAGAUAGUAGAUUAUACCCGCUCGAAAGAUCUUACUGUUCCAGCGUUACUGUUACAGCGACGGGUGUUGCCAACACCGUUCGAGGACCGCGCCCACCACACAGGCCGUCGCAUUGUGGUCUAUUCUAGUAUCGACACUUCUUGUGGAGAUAAGUGCAGCUCAGGCCGCUGGGCAGGCAGCUAGCUAGGGAUAAGCAAGGCCAAGGGUCGCUUCCAAGCCGAUCGCAUCAUUUGUUCUUUUGUUGACGACUCGACUGAUCAUGGCAGCGUGGAAAGAGCGGAGAGCCACAGCGCUGCUACUAGCCUUCGUCUUACUGGACACGAGCAGCUAUGCCAUGGCAGCUCCAGGCGGCAGGCCAAACUUUAUUCACUUGAUGAUGGACGACUGGGGAUGGGGUGAUGUUGGAGUCUACAAGUCUCCAGGCGGUGGAUAUACUCGUGUACAGACACCCAACAUUGACAGUUUGGCCAGAAGUGGAAAAAUGUUCACAGAUUAUCACUCAACCAGUCCAGUCUGCUCUCCUAGUCGAGCUGGGAUCAUGACGGGCCGCUUCCCGGGAGAAAUUGGUAUCCACUCAGCCCUAAGCCCAUCCAGCCAGAAAAACAGAGAGGAGGGAAACGUGGACUUUCUGGAUCCCAGCCUACCGUCCGUGUCAGCCACCUUACAGCAACAUGGCUAUGUGGUUGGACACUUUGGAAAGUGGCAUCUUGGAUCAACUGAAACACCAGUGGCUGCACCUCUUCCAUCUGCGUAUGGUAUCAACAGCUCGUUCACAUUUGAUUCCCGCGAUCCGAAUCAAUUCAAUACAUCAGCACAAGAAUGGCCCUCAAUGUCAAGUGGGAUGAUUGUUGAUAAGGCUGUUGAGUUCAUGACGGACGCCACGCACAAGAAGCUACCAUUUUACAUGAACGUCUGGCUUCAUGUAUCCCAUGCUAAACUUGACCCGACACGCCAGCAGAUGGAGAAAUACUUGCCGGUGAGUAAAGUGUGCCGCUUACCGUCCACAAACGAGACAACUUGCCCGCAUCUCAUCUUCUGGGCAUCGCAAACGAAUGCAGAUGAGCAAGUAGGCAGGUUGGUGGACAGUCUGCAUAGCCUUGAUCUGGUGAAGGAUACACUGCUCGUUUUCACAACUGAUAACGGUCCAGAGGACCCUGCCGUUUACAUGAAUGCUGUUGGUUCGGCGGGACCAUUCCGCGGACAGAAACGCUCGCUGUACGAAGGUGGACAUCGACUGCCAUUCAUUGCACACAUGCCCGGGACAAUCCCGUCAAAUGUGGUCGACCACUCUGUGAUAAGUGGCGCUGACUGGUUUCCAACAGUUGCGACGAUGGCCGGAGUGGAGCUGCCGGCAAGUGUGACAAGCAGUCUAUCUGGAGUAGACAUCUCUCAUGUACUGGUGUCCAAUGCGACUGUCACUACCAGGUCUGCACCUCUCCUUUGGGACUGGCAAAUCAACGUGACCGGACCAUGCUGGAACCGAGCACCUAACAUGGCCAUCAGAGUUGGGCCGUACAAACUAUUACAGAAUCCGGAUUUGUCACGUGUCGAACUCUAUAACCUCGAUGCAGUUACAGCAGACCAUAAAGGCGAGUAUUUUGAAGCUCAGAAUGUAGCAGACGAUUUGGAUAUGCAGGCAACUCGCACUCGGCUUAGUGCAACUGCGAUGGGCUGGUGGAACAAGCUGCCAAACACAACUACACAUUACAUGACCGGGUGUGAAGCAUUUCCCCUGCCAGUGGAAGGAAACUGACACAAGACAUCUUAGACUUCAUUCACACAACAAAUCAUAGUACUUUUUAAAGUAUACUACAGUACCUUUACUGACAGAUACAGCACAAAACACUGGGUCUUUUCGUAUUCCUGACUAUCCCCCACAAAAUCCACGUUAUUUCUUUCCGAUCUUCAUUCCAGGCUGACUCAGUAGUGCUAGUCUUGCAUGCCGAGCAAGUAGUUCAGGAUAUUGUACAGGCAAUAGGCACGAGUUGGACUUGGUGUUUCUCUUCAUGCUACCAGAUACAGUAGAACGCCGAUUAGCCGGACUUCAA